GCCGCCGUUGUUGUAGUGACCGGGAAGCGCCCGCACUCCAGGCUGACGGUUCCGGGCGCCGCACGGUCCCCCCUCGUCCCCACCCUUCCCUAUUCCCCCAAAGCCCCGGACGCCGUCUGCUUCCCGCAUGGCUUCCGGCCCGGAGGAUCCGAUUCUGGAACGUUAUUUUAAAGGUCACAAAGCUGCGAUCACCUCCGCUGACUUCAGCCCCAACUGCAAACAAAUUGCUACUGCUUCGUGGGACACCUUUCUCAUGCUAUGGAGUUUGAAGCCACAUGCUAGAGCUUACAGAUAUGUGGGCCACAGGGAUGUGGUGACCAGCCUGCAGUUCUCUCCACAGGGAAACUUAUUAGCCUCUGCGUCGAGAGACAGAACUGUUCGACUCUGGGUUCUUGAUAGGAAAGGGAAGUCUUCAGAAUUUAAAGCACACACAGCCCCAGUUCGAAGUGUGGACUUUUCAGCUGACGGCCAGUUUUUGGUUACAGCAUCUGAAGACAAAUCCAUUAAAGUAUGGAGUAUGUACCGUCAGCGCUUCCUCUACUCCCUGUACCGACACACACACUGGGUACGCUGCGCCAAAUUUUCACCUGAUGGAAGAUUGAUCGUGUCAUGUAGUGAGGAUAAAACUAUUAAAAUUUGGGACACUACCAAUAAGCAGUGUGUCAAUAACUUCUCAGACUCUGUAGGAUUUGCAAAUUUUGUGGACUUUAACCCUAAUGGUACAUGCAUAGCUUCAGCAGGUUCUGAUCACGCUGUGAGAAUGUGGGAUAUAAGAAUGAACAAAUUACUCCAGCACUAUCAAGUUCACAGCUGUGGUGUGAACUGUUUGUCCUUCCAUCCUUCGGGUAACAGCCUGGUCACUGCCUCUUCUGAUGGAACAGUUAAGAUUCUGGAUCUCGUAGAGGGAAGACUCAUAUACACACUUCAAGGACAUACGGGACCUGUCUUUACUGUUUCAUUUUCAAAGGAUGGAGAGCUGUUUACUUCAGGCGGUGCAGAUGCGCAGGUCUUGAUAUGGAGGACCAACUUCACUCAACUGCACUAUAAAGAUCCUAAAAGAAACCUCAAAAGACUGCAUUUUGAGGCCUCCCCACACCUUCUUGACAUCUACCCACGAUCACCACAUUCCCAUGAAGAUAAAAAGGAGACUAUUGAAAUAAAUCCAAAACUUGAGGUAAUGGAUUUGCAGAGUUCUUCUCCCCCAGUUGUGGAUGUCCUUUCUUUUGAUUCAACCACAAUGACGGAUUCCACCUGUCGAGGUAUGCCAGGCAAGGGUGAAGACAUCUGUAGGUAUUUCUUGAACCCUUUGUUAAUGCCAGAAUGUUCAUCAACAACUGUGAAAAAGAAACCAGAAGACUUAAGUGACCUGCCCUCGGAAAGCCUGCGGAGUGUCCCGCUUGCUGUGGCGGACGCUCUGGAGCACAUUAUGGAGCAGCUCAACAUCCUAACACAGACUGUUUCAAUUCUGGAGCAGCGACUGUCUUUGACAGAAGAUAAGCUGAAAGACUGCCUUGAUAAUCAGCAAAAGCUUUUCAGUGUUGUCCAACAGAAGAGCUGAACAGGGAGCUGUCCGAGCUCAGGCCAGUCCCUGAAGACUCGUUCACACACUCAGGAGGUAGCAGAGGCCCUCCACACCCUGCCAUGCCCUAUUCACCAUAGACUCUUCAGAGGGAGAGCAACAGAACAAGAGGGUCAAGUCAUUUUCAAGGACUGACUUAAACACACAAAUCAAUGUCAAGGAUCAAGUUUAGCUCCUCCCAGGUAUAAUUGCAGUAAUAAAGUUAUGAACAUUUAAAUCGCCCCCACCCCCCUCCCCUAUAUUAUUUGAAAUGUCAGCUUUUAUUUAACGUGCAAAUCCCCACCAGGAAGGUAAACAGACCUCUAGAUUUCAUUUCAUUGUUAAAUCAUUUCAGAGUGACCAUGUUCAGGCAAUUCCUGAAGGUAACUAGUGUAUUCUUAGGUGAGCACACCCUUGAGGGGAAACCAUUCGCUUGCUUUCAAAUAGUAUCUGAGAUGUAGAAAGCAUGUUAUUGAGCUGGCUCGUAUUUCUUUCAGGUCAAAAAGAAAAAAAAUCUGCCUUGAAAACAUGUUCCCUCCGAAUUUCCACACCAAAAAUAAUCUUAUUUUGAUUAGCAAGAGUGCUCACAUGACAGCAGGCAUUUCCUUUGUCUGGGGUAAACCCCAUGAGGAGGCAUGUGUGUGUCUACUGUCACAGUACGCUCUGAGCGGUCUGGGUCAUACUGAACCUUUGACCACAGUUCACAGAAAUCGUGUUUGUGUGGUUUCAGUGUGCUAAAAAGCCAAAAUGACAAAAAUAUGUAGGUACACAUGAAUCACAUAUAUUAUUGCCUAGGGUGAUUCUGGUGGCUGAAAUAAGUACAUUUUUAUUUAGAAAAUUUUGCAUCAUCUAUGUUAUUUUAAUGAAUUGUGAUUUGAACUGAAAAUGAGUCAGGCAUUCUCAAAGAUCUUGGUUCCAGGUUAAGAAUGGUUCUCUGUCUUAAGCAAAAUGGAAAUCAAAGUAAAAAAAGAGGCAAGUUCAAGGCAGCUGGCUCUGGGCAUGGAGAACAAAGGCCAAGCACGGCUGUGUUGCAGGGGCAGGCGCCAUCUGCAUGCAGAAAAUGGAGAAACAGUGUCAUAGGUAUGGAGAGGUUGUUCUCCAAGCAGUUUCAGAUGUGUGCCUCUGAGCUGUUUUUAUCUUCUGUCUCGCUCUAUGUUGUAAGUGCCUUCUCUGUCCUGUGAGUGUGACCCUCUUGACAUUUUCAUGAGCUCACAAAGUUAAGUGGCCAUGUAUUUUUAUACCUUCAUUGAGAAGAAUACAUAAAAAAAUGAAAUGUAUUACUAACUUUUGUUUACUCUUUUUUUAUGCUUCAAACAAUAAAGACUUCUAAAA